AUGUAUUUUAUACAUUCAAUAUUUAAACAAAUUCAUAAAGAGGCAGUUGAUAAAUUAAUUCUAAAAUGGCCAUCGGUUGCAAAAAAAAUUAUUAAUAUUAGUAAGAAACGAAAAGAUUAUCAAGUAUCGCAAUACCUCAAGACUAAUAAUAUAUUAUUGGCGAACGAUUCAGAUCUUGGUAAUAUUGAGAUUAUUGCCCUUGAAUUACUUCCAUUACUAUUGGGUACAAUAAACAAGAAAUCUAAAAAAUCAGGAAAACAUUGGAGACCAAAUAUAACUGACAUUAAGCAAUCAUUUCUUUUUCAUGCAGAGACUAUUGAUGAACUACAACCAUAUAUAGAAAGCAAAAUUAGGAUUUACAAGCAGCAUAAAUUGACUCUUCAGCCUUUGUAG